AUGGAUGAGGCGACGGAGCUGCAGACCGGGGGGAACUCUCUCCUGAAGGCAGUGUGGCUGGGCCGGCUGCGGCUGACCCGGCUGCUGCUGGAGGGGGGGGCCUACAUCAAUGAGAGCAACGAGAAGGGGGAGACGGCGCUGAUGGUGGCCUGCAUCACCACACACGUGGACCAGCAGAGCAUCAGCAAGGCCAAGAUGGUGAAGUACCUGCUGGACAACAGGGCUGACCCCAACAUCCAGGACAAGUCUGGGAAGACGGCCCUGAUGCACGCCUGCAUCCGCGGCGCGGGUGGCGAGGUGGUGACCCUGCUGCUGGACAACGGGGCCGACCCCAGCCUGGAGGACCACUCCGGUGCCUCUGCACUGGUGCACGCCAUCAACGCCGAUGACAAGGAUGUUUUGCAGCACCUUCUGAAUGCCUGCAGAGCCAAGGGGAAGGAGGUGAUCAUCAUCACCAUGGACAAGUCGGCCACCGGCGCCAAGGCCACCAAGCAGUACCUGAACGUGCCCCCACUGCUGGACUUCAAGGAGAGGGCCUCCCCUGAGACGAGCACCGCAGCGCUGAAGGCGGCCGCCCCAUGCCCACAGCCCGCCGAGCAGGAGCUGCCCCCCGGGGACGGUCCUCCCACCAAGGCCACCCCCGAGCCGCCCUCCCCGGGCUGGAGGGGCGGCACCACCACCAAGAGAGCACGGCUCCCGCAGCUGAAGCGGCUGCAGUCGGAGCCGUGGGGGCUGGUCGCGCCCUCAGUGCUGGCUGCGCACCACGAGGAGCAGCGGGUGCGCACGGAUGACGAGCUGGUCAGCAGCAUCGGGGAGCUCGCGCUGUGCAGGAAGGCUCCCCUCAGCCGCAGCAAGGAUGCGCCCCUAUUCCCGCUGGUGGACGAGCAGGCGCUGCGCACGCCUCCAGCCCCAGGGUCCGGCUGCAGGAAGGGGUUCGAGAAGGGCCCCCAGCGCCUGCCUCGCAGGAGCACGGUGCCGGAGCCCCCGGAGAGCAGCGAGGCGAUGGAGGCCCUGCACUGGCGGCGGAUGAGCGCCGAGCACCACGAGUGCGACGCCGGCAUGGCCGAGGCGGGGAAGGUGGCUGCGGAGAGGAGGAAGCUGAGCGGCUCUCACCUGGCUCUGCUGGGUGGUUCGCGGGAGGCUCUGGAUGGUGCCCCCAGCACCUCCCCCGCCGCCGUCCGCCGCCCGCCCAACCUGCUGGAACGGCGCGGCUCCGGCACGCUGCUGCUGGACCACAUCGCGCACACCCGGCCCGGCUACCUGCCCCCCCUCAACGUCAACCCCAGCCCCCCCAUCCCCGACAUCGGAGCCAGCGGCAAGGCCCCCUCCCCGCUGGCUGCCGGCUUCAGGGCCCUGGUGCCCGUCGCUCCCAGCUCCCCCAAGCGGGGUGACCUGAGAACCAAAAAGAAGCUCCUGCGGAGGCACUCCAUGCAGCUGGAGCAGAUGAGGCAGCUGUCUGAUUUUGAGGAAAUCGUGGCGCAGUAGCCGCUUUCCCGGGAAGUUCCCCAAACUGCCCUCUGUAGGAACACACACGGCAGUUCGGAGCGGGGCGGUGCUGCCCUGGGAAGCGCAGGCAGCCCUGGGCUCAAGGCCCCAUGCACAGAGCACUUUCCCCAGAGCUGGGGGGACAACAGGUGGCAGGCAGCACAGAACUGAGUGCCUGGAGCCCUGCCAUGCCGGCUGCUUUUGGACUUCCCCCCCACCCCCCGUGAGCACUUAUCUGAGAAAUCCAAUCCCAGCACGUUUAGGUAGAGGCAGGCAUCACACCAAGGCUCCCGGCUGCAGUGUGUUUGUUCCUGGUUAUUUACGAUCCAUUCUUCAUCCCUCCCACUCAUCCCAAUGCAGAAAGCGGUCUGGGAGCCCCACGCCAGGG